AUGCCUGAAGAGAAUUCACCGGCUCUCCAACAAGGCUUGAAGCCAAAGAAGAACAAGAAGAGUAAGGGUGCGAAGGCAAAGGGAAAUGACGAAAACAAAGACCUUCCUGAUGUUAUGGGGGGCGAAAGCCCUGGGUUUGCUGAAUUGUCGAACUCGAAUGGUGACCGCGCUGAUUUAUUAAACGUGAAGGCGUUGGGCCAGGGAGCAGACAAAAAUGAUAUGAACAAUGACACUCAUGAAAGUUUGCCGGAAGAGCCUCUCGUUGGUCUAGGUACAGUACCAGAGAAGAAGCCAGAGCUGCCGACUUCCGAUUCUUUCGAAUCUAAAGACCUGUUCGAUGCUCUCGUACGAGAUAGAGAUUCCCUGCGUGCUGAGGUGGUAGAUUUGAGGAAAUCUUUGGAGGAAAUACAGUCCAAGCAUCGUGCCGAUAUGGAAUCUCUCCAAGAGAAAUUGGGGGACGCGGAGAGUAAGAAGGAGCACGCAGAAUUGCAGUUUCAGAAACUCUUAGAGAGGGUAAACACCAUUAAAUCGCAGCUCGGGGAAAGGCUCAAAGAAGAUGCUGAAGAACUAGCCCAAGCGAAGUCAAAGAUCGAGGAACUAGAAGACGAAAAUGCUCAUAUGAAGAUGCAACUAGACUCUAAAAGCUCGGAAUUGGUAGUGGCGUCGGAAGAGGUCGAGCGAAGAUUACAAGAACUUUCCACUAUUCGAGAUCGAACAAAUCUAUCGCGACAAAACUGGCUGAAAGAGAAGCAAGAACUUUUAGAACAGGAAUCUUACCUCCAGUCGGAGUUUGAACAAGCCAAAGAGGCUAUGCAUAAUUGGGAGAUUCUUGCUAUGGAGGAGCGCUCUAUUAGAGAGAACCUUGGGGAGAAGGUCAUUGACCUUGAGGAGCAGCUUGGCAGUCUCAGGGAAGUUUACGAAAAGACAGCAGCUGAACGUGAUAGUCAGCUAGCAACGGUAGAAGGUCUACAACGGGCCUUGCAGGAAAUCCAGACAGCGCGUAAACAAGAACUUCGGGAACUUGUGGAGAGUUCCGACGCUCAACUUGAGGAACUGAGACAAGCCCUCCGUGAUGCCGAAAAGAAAGCAUCUGAUGCCAACAACGCCCUUCAGAACGCUGAGGAGGAGCUCGAGAGAGUGAGGCCGUUCGAAAAAGAGGUCAAAGAGAAGAACCUCCUUAUAGGAAAAUUAAGACACGAGGCAGUGACAUUGAACGAUCAUCUGACAAAAGCUUUGAGAUUCCUGAAAAAGGGGAAACCAGAGGACAAUGUAGACAGACAUAUAGUUACCAACCAUCUACUCCAUUUCCUUGCACUUGACAGAUCUGAUCCCAAGAAGUUUCAGAUCUUGCAGCUUAUUGCAGCCCUGUUGGGCUGGACAGAUGAGCAGCGUGAGCAAGCAGGCCUGGCCCGCCCAGGAACCUCGAGUACCGCUGGGAGCAAACUCAAAGUUCCUGGCACGCCCGUUGCCCGUACGCCUAGCAGCCCAAACCUAGUCACCGAGUUCCUAGAUACUGGGACCUCCGGCAAUAGUAAAGAAUCUCUGGCGGAACUCUGGUCUAAUUUCCUCGAACAGGAGGCUCAGGCUGGAUCUCGGAAUACCUCGAGGCGUGGGAGUCAGAUUGGGUUUCAGAAACCCAGUUGA